AAUAGCAGUUGUGAAAAGGUGAGGACACAGAUCGUAAGAACUGUGACACAGACUUACUUAUAAAUACUCCAGCGACUCUCUUUUAGCAGGAAUCAUCGAUUGAAACGGUUCUUCUCAGCCGGUGGACCGCUGACUGAGCCCGAGGCUGAACACUGAGAUUGUCCACCUGAGUGUUGUGGUGUGCUCCAGUGGUAACCAUGACGACUGUGGAGCCAUCUAACGGAUUAACCCACCGAAACAUCAAGACCCACCAGUCAGAAGAGAUCUCAGGUCAUGUUGGAGGUCGUAGUCUUGUAGAAGAAGAAGAGCUAAGACGGUGGCAGAAACAUGCACAGAAGGUGAAGGUGAAAGUCUUGGAGCAGGUCCAGGAUCAGCUCAGUGAUUUACUCGACAAAGCUUUGACUGAGUCCGUCCAGCCUUUUACCCAGAUGCUGCCAACAGUUAAUGGAAAGGCGGCUAAAAACCCCUCAUCCAGAUCUCAGAGAAUGGAUGACGGCAAAGUGUUCAUGGCCAGACCAUCAAUGUUGGAUGAACUGUUUGAGAUCAACCACAUCAGAACCAUCUACCACAUGUUCAUCGCCGUACUCCUCAUCUUCUGUAUGAGCACGCUGGCUGUCGACUACAUCGACCAGGGCAGGUUGGUGUUGGAGUUUGACCUGUUCUUCUACGCCUUCGGGAAGCUGGGGACGGUCACCUGGGCCUGGACUGUGAUGUUUGCCUACACCCUGCUGGUCCCCUACCUCACCCUGGUGUUUUGGGGCUCUUUGUACCACAGCUCCUCCUCUAAGUUGGGGCUGUCUCUCGGCACGGGCCUGGUCCUGUCUGCAGUGCAAACCUACGUACUGGGACUUUUCCCCAUCUUUGUGGUCGUAGACUACCAGCUGCCACCAGCCUCGAGGUUUAUUGUGAUAAUGGAGCAGAUUCGAUUCCUGAUGAAGAGCUACUCCUUCAUAAGAGAAACCACUCCUGUUGUUAUGAAGAAUACGCCAAAGGAAGGAGAAUCUCCCAGUUUUCCAACAUUUUCCAGUUAUCUGUACUUCCUCUUCUGUCCCACACUCAUCUACAGGGAAUCAUAUCCACGGAAUAGCCACAUAAGAUGGAAGUACGUUGGCAUCACACUUGGCAUGAUCUUAGGAUGUGUGUUUUACGGCUACUUCAUCCUGGUCCGCCUUUGUGUGCCGGUCUUCAGACCCCAGACCAACCAGCCUCUGAGUAAACGAAGCAUGGUGCUGGCUGUGUUCCACUCAAUAUUACCAGGUAUAAUGCUCCUUCUGCUGUGUUUCUUUGCCUUCCUGCACUGCUGGCUCAACCUCUUCGGGGAGCUGCUGCGUUUUGCUGACAGGAUGUUUUACAAGGACUGGUGGAACUCGACGUCUUUCGCCAACUAUUAUCGUACCUGGAACGUCGUGGUUCAUGACUGGCUUUACUACUACGGAUACAGAGACUUCCUCUGGCUGUCGAAAAGGAAAUUCCGAACAGCUGCCAUGCUCUCCGUGUUCAUCGUCUCUGCUGUCGUCCAUGAGUACGUCUUGACCAUGGGCUUCGGCUUCUUCUACCCCGUCAUGUUCUGUCUCUUCGCCGUCUUAGGAGUGGUGCUCAACUUCACCAUGAACGACAAUCGCCAGAACCUGGUGUUUAACGUCAUCAUGUGGGCGUGUCUCUUCCUGGGACAGGGCGUCCAGGUGUGUCUGUACUGCCAGGAGUGGUACGCUCAGAUACACUGUCCUCGGACAGGGAAUAGCUUCUGGGAGUUGGUGACGCCUCGAUCCUGGUCCUGCAGCUACCAGAGAUGAUGAUGUCUGUCUCGUGGGCUGGAGGGAGAAAUUAUGAAAAAAUGGAGGUCUGACAGUUAUGAUGGACUGAACACAGGGGAGAGCAGGGACGUGACAGAUGUGUAAAUAUAAACAGGUGCAUCUCAACAAAUUAGAAUAUCAUAGAAAAGUUUAUUUAUGUCAGUAAUUCAAUUUAAAAAGUGGAAAUAACAGAUAAUAUAGAUCCAUUACAGACAGAAUGAAACAUUUCAUGUCUUAAUUUAUUUAAUUUAUGCUAAUUAUAACGAUGAUGGCUUGAAAUGAUGUGUCUCAAAAAAGACCAAUUUUAAAAAGUAUGUUUAAUAUGGAAAUGUUGGCCUCUGAAAAGUAUGUCCAUCUAUAUGACUCAAUACUUGGUUGGGGCUAUUUGACUUGAACUACUGGAAAUGGACUUCUCCAUCAUAUUAUAAUUUAUUGAGAUGCACCUGUAAAGUUUAGUGUUUUUAGUGUGCAAAGAUUUCUUUGGAUCACUUUUAUCUUGAUGUUGUUUUUCAGGUGAUAUGACCUGUAAUUCUAUGAAUUAUUCCAAGUUUUUAUUUGUACUAAAAGUAUUGAAUACUGCUUAAUAAUUUUGUGAUAAAUUAUAGUAAAUGACAGAUUUUUUUUUAUAUAAAGUGCUGAUAGAAUAUCUUACUGUAAGCAAAAGCAAAAUGUUUGAAAGGUGCUUGAAUUUGACCCAGUAUCCUUCGUUUUUUAACCUCCCUGAGUUAUUAAAUGUAUUUAAAUGUUGUAAUAAUAAGCCCUCAGGGACUCUCUGUAAAUAAAAUGUGUCAUUGCAUUUUCAUUUCUGCUACAUUAAUAACAACACCUGAUAAAUCAUUUUCCACCCUCUGUCUUCUUAUCUCUUUCCUAUCCACUGUAUUGUUGUUUUUGAAUAUUUGUAUGUGUUUGUAUGUAUGUAUGUAUGUACUGUAUGUAUUGUCCAUUUGUAUUCUCUUUCACUUUGUGUUUUUUUUUUUGUAAAGCGUCUUUGUGUAUUUUGAAAAGCGC